GUCUGGACGGGGAGGGGAGUCGUCUGCCUUCCGCUUCUCGGCUGGAUUGACACACAAUGAGGAGCCGAGGCAGGGUGGACGCUCCACAAACGCCGCCGUAAAUAAAUACAACAACCACUUGAGGCCGGAGAAACAUGGAGAAUCAGUGCACAGUGCAGGUGAAGCUGGAGUUGGGCCACAGAGCUCAGCUGAGGAAGAAGGUAACAUCAGAAGGUUUCACCCACGACUGGAUGGUUUUUGUCCGAGGGCCAGAGAAUGGCGACAUCCAGCACUUUGUAGACAAGGUUGUCUUCCGCCUGCAUGAGAGCUUCCCAAAACCUAAGAGAGUAUGCAAGGAGCCUCCGUACAAAGUGGAGGAGUCAGGCUACGCAGGUUUCCUCAUGCUUAUUGAGGUUUACUUCAAAAACAGGGAGGAGCCAAAAAAGGUGUGUUUCAACUAUGACCUAUUCCUAAAUCUGGAAGGAAACCCACCUGUCAACCACCUUCGCUGUGAGAAGCUCACCUUCAACAACCCCACCAAAGAUUUCAGGAAAAAGCUGAUCAAAGCUGGAGGGGUACUGGUGGUUCCAGAGGUGGCUGAAGCGGUGUCGAGGCCCAGUCCAGACUACCCAAUCCUGCCCACCAUCCCCCUCUCAGCAUUCUCAGAUCCCAAGAAGACCAAGUCCUCUCAUGUGUCAAAGGAACCCAGCAAAGAAGGGGGCGGCGGUAGCAGCAAAGGGGUCAAACCGCACAAAAUGACCAAGGAGCACCGUGAAAGACCCCGGAAAGACUCUGAGAGCAAAGCCACAUCAAAAGGGGACACUGACAGAGAUGGAAGCAGCAAGAGCGGACGCGGCGACUCCUCAUCCUCGUCUUCGAAAAAGCCAUCAGAUAUCAAAGUUAAAGACGAAGUAAAAGUCCCACCCAAGGCAGCCUUUAAGGAGCCCAAGCUCACCCUGAAGGAGUCAAAGAUGGAGGGCAUGUCUCCGAAAGGAGGCGGGGCUGGGAGUGGUGGAGGAGGUGGUGGGGGAGGAGGAGGAGGGGGUCCUGCAGAAUCCAAAGCCCCUGGAAAAAGACCCUCCACUGUGGAGUCUCCCAAACCUAGUGCCAAGAAGCAGAAAAAGGGCAGCUCUGAGGGGCCAAAAGGCCAAGCUGGUGGUUCUUUCACUGGUUCCCCUCGUGUGUCCUCGUCGUCUACCACUAACCAGCCCUACCCAGAUAAGAAACACUCCAAGGAAAAAGGUCGCUGGGCAAAAGGCAAAAAUGACACACAGGAUUUGAAGGAACCCAAAAAACUUCCCGAGUCUGAAGAGUCCAAUACAGAUGAUGAAGCCUCUUCAAAUUCCGAGCAAUCAGCGCCUUCUAAUCCUUCGAACUCAAGUUCCAGCUCAGACUCCAGCUCUGACUCAGACUUUGAGCCGGUACAGAAAGAAGGAAAAGGUCCCCUGCGUUCCAUGGUGGAAAAUACCGAGUUAGAAGAGUCGGACGAUGACGACAGCAGCUCGGAGGAGGAGACCCCUGUUAAGACUAACCCCCCCAACCGUGACUCUCGACUCAGCCUGAACAGCGAGAGUGACAGCAGUGACGGCUCGCACCGCCCCAGUCGAGACCCUGCGCCACCCCCACAGAAACACAGCUCCUCCAAUAACAAAGUGUCAGGCAGGAAGAGUCCAGACUCUUCUUUCCGUUCUGAUAAGGUGUUGAAGAAGGGAUACGACAAGGUAGGAAGGGCCUACACAGAAGAAUUAGUUGACCUCCAUCGCAGACUGAUGGCUUUAAGAGAACGUAACAUCCUACAGCAGAUUGUCAACCUGAUCGAGGAGACGGGCCACUUCAACGUGACCAACACCACCUUUGACUUUGACCUCUUUUCACUGGACGAGUCCACCGUCCGCAAACUACAGAGCUACCUGGAGGCGACGGCCACGUGACAGCGAGUGGCGCGGACAGCUGAGGAGGAGGUCGCGACGUCUCCCCGAGGAGACCGGAGGCCAGACUGAAUCACUGAACAACAACAACACACACACACAAACACUGCGCAGGAACAAAGAAGCACACACACGAAGAUGCUGCACCUUCACAUGACGCCGGCAAAGGAGCAGCAGUGAAGAGGAGGAAGGCGUGAUCGAGAGAGUUGAGACCGGAAGUGAACUCCAUCUACCAGUUUUUUCUUUGGUGCAGACCUGUGGAAUGCACCUCCACUCUCUCCUCUUUGCACUCAUGCUGCUUUCCUCUAAACCACACCUCGUCCUUCUGGCCCCAAUUUACACUCCUUACUGGGCAGAUCACUCCACCUUGAGCUGGAUGUUGUCUUCAUCAUGACUGACUCGUCUUCUAGGCACAGAAAGUCGGUGCAUGGCUCCCAUCUUCACACUGAACAUGUCACAAGUGUGCGUUUGGAUGACAUUUCUCUGCUGUCCUGACAUCUGAACACACGUUUUCCCCUUGCACUGAAAACUGAGUCGUGACCUCCCGCCAGCAGCCACCCUCCUCCUCGACUAUCUCCAUCCCUCCUCUGCAGCCUCCCACGUUGGCGUGCACCAAAGGGCUCCGCCGCUGGCUGCCGCCGGCCACUCCUGAUUUGCCUUCCGGUGGCGUUCAAGGUGGGCUAGCAAACAACACAAAGUAGCCAUAUUCGUCUCCCGGGAAUCCAAAAAUAAGGAAAAGUAGGGGCCAACUUUUCCCUCUCCCCCUUUUUUUACAUUUUAUUUUUCUACAAUUGUCUUUGUUUCUACUCCCGGAUUUGCGGUAAAUGACCUGUGAGCUAUGAAUGUAUAUGGCUUUUAUUUUUCUACGCCCAGCAACAAGCCCACUCUAGUGCCUUUCUGCAGCGUGAGGUGGGUGUUCCACAACCCCCUGCUCGCCUGGGCGGGGGGCGGCAAGUGUUAAUUGGGCUGCCUGAAUAUCCAGUAUUGUCUUAAUGGCUUCCUUUCUCUUCCUCAGUGUCCUUGUAGGCUGUUGACCCCUCCACUUAGCGUCCCUUAUUAUCAUCAUUCCUGUAGGAACCGUAGAAUGUUGAACAGGUGAUCACGUUUUUGCUUUCUGCCGCUAGAUCAGUGUUUUCCUUGGGGGGGAGGGGGGGUACGUUAUAUGACUUAGCUGUAGUAACUGUUGGUUCGGGCUGCUGUGUGACGGACAUUUUAAGGCUCCAGGAUAGUAAACAGCAAUGAUCUCCUUGCUGGAGAUGUACAGUGAGAGUGACGACUUAAAGCGGUCUCGUUAAAGCCAGAGCGUGUGAGUCAUCUUCAGCGUUGCUAAAAUGGUGCAUCUUAAACAUGCCAGCGAUAACGUAGCUAAAGAAGAGUUGCCCGCUAGACUUCCUCUGCUUAUACUCGGGUCACGUACACAACAAAAUAUGUCUAAGUAGUCUAAUUGCACACGUUGCAACUCAAUCCGUUUUUUAUUUAUGUAAACUUUUUCUCACCACCCCACCAGAAACAUCAGAACAUAUAACACAUGCACAUGGUGAUUGAAAGGGAACUCCCCCUUUCCAAAUACAUAUUCUUUGCUUAAAAAAUAGGGGCAUCCCAAUCCGAUAUUGAUAUCGGCUUGCAUCUGAAAUCUCUGAUACAAGCAGUCUUGUAGCGCGUUUACUUGUGCAAAGCUGAACAGCCAGUUAACAUCUAAAUGUCCUCCAAUAAGAACACAAAGUUGAUAUUUUCUUGUCAAUUGCAAAUGGUGAACACGGUAGGCUACUAGGAGUUUGCAGCUACACAACAGCUAAAGAUAGACGUACAAAAUAAGUGUUCUUAAUUGAACAAUAUUGCAGUCUCGAUGUACAUAAAUAUCAGAUAAUCAUAGUUGCAUUAUACUUAUAAAUAACCCUAACCCAAGCAGAAACGUAUCCUGCAACAUUCAACUUUGUAUUAUUGUGACCGCCAGAUGUCACCCAAAAACAAAUUAGCACUCCACUUCAAAAGCAUAAAUCUGUCAUAAGGUUAGUGUUUUUCAUACGUACCAUUGUUCUUUGAGUAAUUUCACUUCAUCAACCCUUUAACUAACAUUCCACUCUACGAAAUGAUGAUAGUAUGUACGGAUAAUUUGCGCUGAUAUAUUAGGAUAAUAUCGGUAUCGUAUCGGAAAUGGAAAAAGUUGUAUCAGAACACCUCUACUUAAAAACAGUGUUUCCCAUACAUACAUGUAUUUGUAACUGGCCACAAAUAGAUUAUGCGCGAGCCUGUCCACCCUAAUAAACAGUUGAUGGGGGCAGUCUGUAUAAUGUAUCAUUAUAAUGUGGCUCAUCCGUAUAACUUCGCACAGUAGGUGGCAGUAUACAUUUUAACUCUGCUUUUUGAUACAGAUGUAUCUCAAUAAAUCAGAUUAUAUUGUCACUACACACAUAGUGAAAUAUUUCAGCAAAAAAUGUAUUCAUAAUUUGGAUGAUUAUAGUUUACAGCAGGGAUAUUUUCAGCCAGCUGCUAAUUUUUUAGUUUUUUGUUAGCUUCUGACUAAUUUAACAUACCGUAAUUUCCGGACCAUAGAGAGCAGCCAAACAUAAGCCACACCAACCUACUUUUUGGCCAAAUUUUGUUUUGUACAUAUAUUGGCCGCACAAGUCUCCUUGAAUAACCCGCAGGUAUACAUAUUGAAACAUUAAAUAUUUACACAUGUGCUUAUGUUUAUUCACAUAUGUAACUAAAGACAGUGCCUGUAACAUGGCAUACUUCUCAAGCUGCGCGCUAUAACUGAUGACUUUGUUUUCCUCGGCAUGCACCGGUCCGACCUUUUGUGGCCCAUAAGUAGUGGUGGAUUUCUGUUCUGUGCAGCGGCUGUUUCCUUUUUCGAUGGCUGUGUCGAUCGUCUUUGGCGUUAGGGCUGCGUCUUGUGCAUUUCAUUGUUUCUUCUCUAUGAUGAGGGUGAGUCCAUAGUGUGCUAAAUAGCUAACUGACUGACUUGUGUGAGUGUGUUUAAUUUAAUAUGAACAAUUUCAGUGGUCUGAUGGGACCAGGCUAAAUUCAUUGGCGACACGCGAAGCUUGUGAAUACGAAAAAAUGCAUAAAUUAGCCACAGCAUUAUAUAAAGCAUAGGGUUCAAAGUGUGGGGAAAAAGUUGCGUCUUAUUAGUACAGACAUCACUGUAAUUCAUUAAUAAUAAGCUAUAUUAGUGAAUAUUACACUAAUUUGUUUGUCUUAUUCAAUAUUACACUAAUUUUCUUUGUCAAGGAUAACCCUAAGUUAAGAUGUGGAUGUUUUUUAGCAUAUACAUGACCUACAGUACGUUGGUACAAAAUGUAUCAAAGUGACUCCCGCAUCAAAGAUUAAUAUUGUAAAAUCAGGGUUGCUCCGAUCAGGGUUUUAUGCUGCCGAUUCCGUCAUUCAUGAGUAAGAUCGGCUGAUAUCGAUCAUAUGUAUUAACUGUACAGUUUUCCAUUUAUUUAUGGCGAGUGUUAUUGACAGUUUUAACAGAUCCCUUGUGUCCAGGGAAUGAAUCCCUGAAUUUGUAAACAUAAACAAAAUUGACACCAAAUAAAUAAGUGUCUAUAAUUACUCUUGUAUCAGUUAUAUACUGAUACUACCUCUGGUAUCGAUGCCACCAAUUUAUGGAUCUAUCCGACCCUCCUCUUAUGUGUCGUAUACUGACUGACAAUGCGGACACACCAACAGUUGUUAUGUUAUUCUAUUUACAGACUCUUAUUAAUGUACCUGUUAAUAUCUGCUUACUUUCUGCUGUAACGUGGUUCCAUCUACACUUCUUUUAAACUUUACUAAGCACUUAUUCCUUGGUGUUGUUUACAUCUAGCUUAGCGGUUAACUUAGAUAUUAGCAUGCCUGCUCCUGGCUUGCUGUCGAUGUGUAACAUGUUUAGCCUCGUCCUCCAUAAAGAAACUAGAAAUUGCAGUUUUAUUUCCAUAAUGGAGGUGAUUAUUAUUCAUUUAGGCCUGGGGACCAAAAAUAAAUAGUCAGAUGAGAUCGGUGCUUGUGAUCAGCAUUAAAGGGAAACUGCACUUUUUGGGGGGGGAAUUUUGCCUAUUACCGUAUUCACGAUCCUUGUGUAAGACAAGAGUAAAUGUUUUUUUAUGUAUUCUAAGUAGUUAAUAAAUGCGUGCAAAAGUCUGCUUACAACGGAGUCAAUUGGAGUUGCUCUAUUCCGCCUAUAAAGCGCUCUAAAAUAGUUCCAUCCUUUUAAAUACACACUAAGUACAUUCAUAGUAACAUGUAAUAUUUAUGUAUUUUGCUCAUUUUAAGCAUACAUUUCAUAGACGCAUCACAUUUGCUUUAUCCUUCGACAACUUCACUGAUCGCUGCUCACUGUAGACUUCAUGAGAACCAUCAAACAUGACUUACUGUACAAUGUCUGCUGUCACUGGGAUGCCGACUGUUUGGAUGUUCAAAUAUUCCUGUUUAGAUGAAGAAAUAAUCAUAGUCCUCGAAAAGAGUUUAAAAAAAGGGGUGGGUGCAAACCAGCAUCUUUUUCGCCAUCCCUGGUUUUAAGUUGGCUGUCAAAGUUGACCAACUUCUCAGUUUUAUGUCCAUAUCAUUUUACCCUCAGGGUGAAAGGCAUGAUUUAUAAUCUAGAUUUAACUUUCAUGAUCUUUGAUGCGAGAAAGCAUGUGAGGAUGUCAAUACAGCAGCAUAAGGAAGUUGCCUCUCCUUAAUCAAUGCGCCGCUAUAUCUAGGUCCUUAACAUUAGCACUUAUAAUAACAACAUCGCUAACACAUGGUAAAUAUUUGGGUCACAAAAUGUAUAUGGCGGAUCGUUGGUGCUUUUUGGAUGGUCAUUUAUUGGGUUUUAUGGUCGGUAUAGACACAAUGACAUCAUGACUCUCAAUUGUAAGCGGACUUGGUAACACUUUAGUAUGGGGAACACAUGUUCACCAUUAAUUAGUUGCUUAUUAACAUGCAAAUUAGUAACAUAUUGGCUCUUAAUUAGUCAUUAUUAAGUACUUAUUCAUGCCUUAUUCUGCAUGGCCUUAUUAUACAACCAGUAAGCCAAUAACUAAGAGUCUUCCCUCAAUAACCUCAGAAUUAUUGCUUAUUAGUAACCCUAGCCCUUAUAUGAUCCCCUAGAGCAGUGGUUCUUAACCUUGUUGGAGGUACCGAACCCCACCAGUUUCAUAUGCGCAUUCACCGAACCCUUCUUUAGUGAAAAAUAAAAUGUUUUUUUUUUUUCAAAUUCAAGACAAAGUUAUAUGUUUUUGGUAACACUUUAGUAUGGGGAACAUAUUCUAAGUAACAAAGACUUAAUUUAGAGGUUUUUGGACACUAGGGGAACAUAUUCUAAGUAACAAAGACUUCAUUUAGAAUUAUUUGGUUAGGGCCAGGGUUAGAGGGUUAGGGCCAGGGUUAGAGAGUUAGGGUUAUAAUAAGACCAUGCCGAAUAAGGCAUUAAUAAGGACUAGUUAAGAGCCAAUAUGUUACUAAUUUGCAUGUUAAUAAGCAACUAAUUAAUGGUGAAUAUGUUCCCCAUACUAAAGUGUUACCAUGUUUUUGUACUGGUGCACAAAAUGAACUGUGCAUGAACAUCACCUUGUUCAAACAACAAAACCAACACAGUGCAUAAACUCACAACAAAUUACACACCUGCAAAUCAGUCUGACUUCUGCUGUUGCCGUAUCCGUAAUACGCCGAUAGGGAGAAGUUUUUAUUUACACGAUGAGUCAGGUGUGUUUUGACCUCCGCCGAACCCCUGAGCCCGACUCACCGAACCCCUAGGGUUCAAUCGAACCCAGGUUAAGAACCACUGCCCUAGAGUCGAAAUAACUCUAAAUUAAGUCUUUGUUACUUUAAUAAGCAACUAAUUAAUGGUGAAUAUGUUCCCCAUUCUAAAGUGUUACCGCAGACAUUUAUUUGUCUUUAUUUACGAGUUAGAAUGCACUAAGAAAAGAAAAGCAUGUGUGUUCUUGUCUCUCAUCAGGACUGUGAAUUAUAAGCAAAAUUCCCCCCAAAAAGUGCAGUUUCCUUUUAAGACAUAAAUCGGCCAUAACCAAUCAGAUACUUUUCCACAAAAACCGGCACAGCCCUAUGUGAAAUACUAAUAUAAA